AUGAAAUUCCUCAUUGCUCUUAUCGUUUUCUUCCGCUUUACCUCAGCAUUCGGAGAUGCUGCACGCUAUGAGCGAGUGUUUUACUACUAUGCGUACCUGAUCGAUGCUACUCUUAAUGCACCAAAUGGGCCACAAACAAUCGCUGCUAAUUGUGGCAAGACAAUGGGUGUUGGUACGAGGACAACGUGUACUUUCAACCAGUUCAACAGAUAUAUAGCAAAUAAAGGUACCAAUCCCCCAGAUGGUUGGGAUGCUACAGCUGCUCAAUAUCCAGAUGGGGCCACUAUUACCGGCGACCAUGGUCUAAGCACUACAUACCAAACUGCACGUAUCGGCGUCAAUAUCAACGAUGUAGCCACUCUCCUAAGAGAGACCAUGUCAUUUACAAGGAAAAACAUCGAUUUACUACCCGCCGGUACCGCCACGGACACAAUCAAAACAAAUAUCUUCAGGCAAAUAGUGGGUAUAGCACGAACUCGCAUGGAGAACAAGGUCAAUGAUCUGAUAGAGAAAUUUGGAGGCAACGGAGAAGGUGGCUAUAAGUGGAAGGAUGCCCAGGGCGUCGAGCACCAGACGCAGCUGACCAUCGUAACCAAGGAGAUAGCCACGUAUGAGGGUGCACCAGACGAUGCCGUGUCAUUGGAUCUCGAUUUCCAAGCUACAGUAAAAGCUAACCCUGAUGUUGACAAAAGUGACAUCAAGACUGCAAUCAAAUAUUGGAACACAAAUUCCGGAGCACCGAAUCACAACCCUAAUAUUCUCCAGGCUAGGAACGGAGCUGAAGUAUUGAGCGCUAAAUGUCAAUAAGAGUGGAAUUACCAGUUCAGCUCACUUUGGAGGCCUUGCAUUCCU